UUUUUGCGGAAAUUCAAUGCGUCUUUCCAAUAUUUUUUGGAAAAUACCAUUAAUCAAGUCGGUGCUCUAACUAAUCAGCUGAUUUCUUUCUGUUUAAGACAUCAGGAGAGAUCCUGUUUAUGAAAGAUGACAGAUCUAAGUCAACUAAUAAAAGCUGUGUUUAAGAAUGGAAGAUGGGAAAACCCGGUGGAAUUUGACUCUUGGAAGAUGCCCAACAAACUGGAGUUUCUGAAGCUAAGAAUGGUUGAAAAAGAUAACAGUAAUAUUCCCACAGACCCCAAGGAGCUGGACAAAACCUUGCCUGUUUUGCCUGUGGAUUUUGUAAAGCUAAAAAAUCCUGACCCAGACAGUAUACAAGUCCUCUGGAUUGGUCAUGCAACAGUGUUUGUGCAAAUGGAAGGGAUUAACAUCCUUUGUGAUCCAAUAUUCAGUGAACGCUGUAGUCCCACAUUCAAAGUUGCUGGAGUAGAACUGUUGAAGCACUUUGGUUACAAACGGUACCGACCAGUUCCAUGUAAAAUCAAAGAGCUCCCGCCAGUGGAUGUGGUCUUAAUUAGUCAUGACCAUUACGAUCAUCUGGACACAGAGUCUAUCAUGGAGAUCAAAGAAAACUUUCCCAAGGCUAAAUAUUAUGUACCCAUGGGUCUGAAGGAGUGGUUUAUAAACUGUGGCUGUCAAGACGUGAAUGUGGAGGAGAGAGAUUGGUGGGGGGAGAUACAACAUCAGGUAUCUGACAAGCCAAGCCCCAGGGUAACAUUUGCCUGUACCCCCGCCCAACACUGGUGUACCAGGACGGGGAUUGAUCAAAAUAAGAGACUCUGGUGCAGCUGGGUUGUGAAGGGAGAGAGCCACUCUUUCUACUUUGGUGGUGAUACUGGCUAUAACAAGACAGCCUUUCAGCAGAUUGGGAGAAAAUACGGCCCCUUCUCCCUGAGUGUGCUGCCAAUCGGAGCAUAUGAACCAAGAUGGUAUAUGCAUCCCCAGCAUGUGAGUCCUGAACAGUCUGUAGAUAUCCACAAAGAAAUCAACUCCAAGUUCUCCCUGGGCGUUCACUGGGGCACGUUUAAACAGAUGGGAUGUUACGAGUACUAUCUGGAACCACCUACAUUAGUGGCAAAACGUUUGAAGGAACUAAAUCUACCAGAGAACAGCUUUAGGACCAUAAAACAUGGAGAAAUUUGGAGCAUUUCAAAACAGGAUGUGAAUCCUUUGUGAUAUUGCCCUGAAUCAUGAGAUUUCAGAUUAUUUCCAAGUUCUACUCCGAUAUGACUGAAAAAGAUUGUGAUAUUUUAAAUAAGAAUUAAUUAAUCUAUCAGUAUAUUGUCAAAUUAGAACAUUGAAGAAUUUUGUACACUAAGGACUUAAAAUUUCCUGUCAAUGUCUCGUUCUUUGUUAGUAAUUUAUUACAUUUUCAACAAUGAAAUACAGUAAUUUAUUCAUGGGAAAAAGAAGAUUUAUAUUUUUCACAUUAUGAAAAAAUAUCAAAAGUGCAGCAAAACUUCUUGGUAUUCAUUUUACUUGUAAGACAUGACUUGUAAACAAGUUUUGUCACAUAAAAUGAAUCCUGUUCCACUAUAAGAGUAAAUUCCAUAUCCAACUACAAAACAUGCAUUAUCUAUGUGUAUUGAGCGAGCAAUGUCUUUUCAUUUUCAUGCAUUCCUAUGUAUAAAAUGUGUUAUGGGUACUUUAUGAAGUAGUACAAUGUAUUAGAGUUUUUUUUUUUUAAAUAAAUUUGUUAUGGCAAAAUAUUAAAAGAUUACAUACAUGUACCUUGUACAUCAUGUAUCUCUGUGCAUAAUGUUUAUUUUAUACAGCUAUGCAAUAAA